GAACCAGGAAUAGCCAAGCUUGCCAGUAGCUACAAUAAUCUGUGUCUGCAAAUUGUAGGCCUCAUACACAAGGGAAAAGCUCCUCAGGGGUCAAUAGCCCCACUCCUGAUCCCAAGGGACUCUUUGUUCAAACUGGAUGUGGAUGAUGAUAUUUGGCAGGAUAUUGGCCUUGGGGAUGAUUCAGAUGGGUUACUACCCCCAUGGUUAGCUGAUGAAAAAGUGCACUCAGGGAUCAGAUCACUCCUUGAGCUGAGGCAUUGUGAAGAAGAGGAAAGGUGCCUGUUGCAGGAAAGAAGAGCUUUGACAGAGUGGUUUUCUGAAGAGUGGGGUUGUGUGCAGAAAACGAGACAGAAUGUUGAUCUUGCAUAUGAACUUGACUGCAGAGCAUUGAGACUAGCAGGUCUGUGCAUCUUGUGGAAGAGGCAACUUAGAGGCUAUCCUGGAACACCUAAUGAGAACUGGGGUGCAAGUGAUGAAGAACUGCACAGCAUAAUGCAGGGUAGUCAUGUUAUAUAUAUUGAUAGUGAUAAUGAGGAGAGGUUUGAUGGAUUGGAGUCAGAGGGUGAAGAGGAUGAGGAUGAAGUGAUGGAUGAUGAGUUGCUAUGUGUUGCUGAAGAAUUUGCCCUGGCAGAUGAAUAUCACCAACAAAGUGAUAUGCCAUUGGAAGAAUUCGGUUGGGGAGAAGAAUGGGAGAAUAACCUACUGGAUAUGGAUCCACCAUCAUCUCCAAGUAAAAGAGUUCAAUACAGAUAA